CGACCUGGCAUGAGGUUGGCUUAGGUUAUCUGUUCUGUCAACAACAUUCCUCCCAAUAUUUUUAACAAUUCUAAUAUAAAAUAUAAGGACUGUAUCACUAGUGAAAAAAUUCCGAGAACUGCAAAUACCAGAGAUGACGAAAUUGAUGGAGUGGCUCUUCUGUCUCGCCUUGUUCUUGGGCACCUGGACAGCUGCAAUCACAGGGCAAGUGAAUUCCCCGUGGAUUUCAAACAAUUACCAAUUUAUUUUAUACCUCCCAGUGUUGUUGCUAUUUAUUUUUGCACUGUAUGCAGCGAGUGUUGUACUUUACAGAACGUUUACGUUCAAUAAUUGUGAGGAAGCAGCUAAACAGCUCAAACGGCAAAUUGAAGAGGCUCAGGCAGAGUUGAGGAUAAAGGGAGUCCUCUCCAGCGACCCCAAAGGUUCAGAAUUGAUGUAAAUUCAUCGAGCAAUUAUUUAUUGCUGUUUUUGCAUUUCGAAACGAAAUAUUUGGUGAAUGAAGAAUGUUUGUUCGUUGAAUGAAGAGUAAUUCAGAUGGUGUCACUAACAAAUAGAAAAAUGUUUUAUUAUUAUAAUUGUACAAAUAAAUUAAUCUUCAAUUAAUUUGAA